AUGGAAACUAAUUCAUAAAAAGAAACAAAAAGACCAUAAUAAAGUAAUGUUUAUAUAAAAUUUAGUACUUAAAAUGGCAAAAUUACAUAAUAACUACAAAGAACCAGAAGACACUUAUGAACCAAAAAGAAGAAUAAAAUAUUAGAGUACAUUUAAUUCAAUAGACAAAAAACAACAAUUAAAUGAGGAUUCAUCAACUUUUAACGGAAUGGAAUAUUUUGAAAGUCUGUAAAAGAGGAAAUCAAGUGAAAAGAACGAAAAGACUCCUUAAAAAGCAGAAAGUGUGUCUUCGAUUUUGGCUAAAACAUCCUUAAGGGAAAGGUUCUCUAAUCUUCAUUUGAUUAAUACUAUCGAUAAAAUGCUAAUGCAAAGUAAAUAUUCCAGUUUGUGUCACAUUUUCAAAGAAAUUGAUGAAAUGCUUUUAUUUCUCUAAAGCCAAUAAAAACCGCCUUUCUUCAAUACCAUUUAAGAAUUAUUGAGCCAGAAUUCUAAAAUUAAAGUCACAUAAUAAGAUAUUCAAUAGAUAUUGGAAAUCUUUCCAAAUGCAUAUGAAGUAAAUUGGUCUUUAAAUGAAAAAUUAAUAAGAUUAGAUAGAAGUGAUUUGAUGAUAAAGACAAAUAUUAAAUCUCAUGUUUAGUUGGGAGAGCGUGUAAUUUAGUUUCAAUAAUCAAUGUUUGACUAUAUUUAAAAAAAUGGAGUUUAAAUUGGUUUAGCUAUUUUACCUUAAAAUCCAUUUUAAUAAAUUCUAAAAGAGAAACUCUAAAUUACAGAUACUUUAACAAAAUAAAUCUAAUAAUAAACAUCGAAACAUGAAAUUCAAAGUCAAGUGUCUAAAGAGCCAACCAAUUCUAAAGUCAGCUAAAAUUUAAUAGAGAAAUUGAAAUAAAAAAAGAAACUCGAAGUAGUUCACUCUGAUCUUUCAGCACCGAAAAAAUAAUUAAUUGCUCUUUCGUCUUUAAUUCAUUAAUAUUUUCUGAAUAGAGAUGUGUCAAAUAUGUUCUUAACAAAUGUUUUGAAAUACAGUCUCAAUAGUUUAAAACAGUUUCUUUUAGAUGAAAAUUAAUUAAAAACAUAUAUUGAUUAAUUGAUAAAAUUAUGUCCACAUUGGAUUUAGGUGAUUGAAAAUCAGAAUGGCUCAAUUGUAAGGUUGAAUAAGGAAAUAGAUCUACCUUCUAUAAUCAGAUCUAUUGAAUAAAUGUGA